CUUAUUUCCUAAUUUAACUACUUCACGCAAACACACAUAUCGCGCCCAUUUCUUUCUCACCGGAGUCCGUUAACUUUCCGGCCAAGUUUCAUCUUUCUCUCUCAUCACACUUCCACUUUCCGGCGAACAUGUUCACAGCUGCUUCAUACUGCAACUAAAACGAUCACUGAUAACCUUGUAAAUCGCGGCUUCUAGAUAUUUUAUCGUUGAUACUAUUUUGCUUCCCUACUGCCGUCAUGCCAGUUGCUAUUGAGGAUCCAUAUGAUACUUUCAGAACAAAGUUUCCCUGUGAGGAACAUGUUGGAAAAUCAACUCUCAAAGCUGAUAAUAACGUCACUUGCCUUGAAGAAAAGAGAUCACUGAUUUGUACCAAACAAUCACAAACUAUCGAAAAUCUUCUUCCGGAUGAAGAAGAUCUCUUCUCUGGCGUACUUGAUGAAUUGGGAUGUACUGCUGCUACUAAUAGUGAUGAUGAAGAUUCUGAUCUAUUCACCAGUAAUGGAGGCAUUGAAUUGGAAGAGAAUUCUAAAUUAUAUUUUGGUCAAUGGAAGUCAAUGGUCAGUGAAGGACUUAAUAUCGAUCAAAGCAGUUCAGACUAUAUAGUAUCCUAUGAACAACACCCUUCCAGAACACUUCUUGUCGAAAAUGUAGAUAAGAGAGUCGAGGAUUCAAAACUUAGGGGUCUAUUUGAGCAACAUGGAGAUAUACAAACUUUCUGCACAACUUGCAGAUGCCAAGGUUUUGUAAUAAUUUCAUAUUAUGACAUAAGGGCAGCUACUAUUGCGUUGAACACACUUCAAAACAAACCAUUGGAAAGUGAGAAUCUUCACAUACGUUAUUUGAAUCCAGAGGAUGAUACCUUAGGACAGUACAUUGAUCAGGCCAGCCUUGAGGUAUUCAGUAGUGAUACCUCUAUAUCAAAUGACAAACUUCACCAACUAUUUGGCUCUUUUGGAGACAUUGAAGACAUACGUGGAACUACACAUCACAAACAUAUAAAGUAUUAUGAUAUCCGGGCUGCAGAAGCAGCUAUUAAUGGAUUAGGUAGUAGCAACACGUUGCAAGAGAGUAAACUUGAAGUAAACUAUCCAAAACGAGAAGUCAACUAUGCAAGAGAGCAACAUGGGAUAAUGCAAGAUCAACUUCGGUCAUGCCAAAACCUUAACGGCAACUCUUUACCACAAGUGGUAACUAGCUGCAUGAAAGAUGAGUAUAUCUAUGGUGUACCUGCACUACUCCAGUCCAGUUGCUCUUUUACAAGUAGUUUUUCAUCUACGGUUGGGAUGUCAUCUGCUUCUAAUCAAUUUGGUUACAUGCCUUAUUAUUCUACUGAUCAAGUGUUCCGACCCCAUUCGUUACCCAUCACCUGCAAAGGUGUUACCACCUAUGACUCUUUAAACUCGGAAACUGUUGAUGUUACAACAGGAACAUAUGACAAGCACCUUCAUAUGUUGGGCCCGUAUGGCCCAACAACGGGACACAUGUUUUGGGGCUCUACAAGAAUGAUGAGAUCAGCACUCGGUGAACAUGCCAACGCGUUGAGCUGCUCAAACUCCUUUCAAAAUCAUCAUCUAAAUCCCGUAAUCUUGUCAAGCUGUCCUCCAUUCAAUAAUAGCGUUUGUGUUCAUACCGGUUCAAAGUCCAUGAAGUGCUCUUUUAGUAGGCCAAAGGGACGCGCGAGAAGAAUUUCUUAUGGAAGACAUGGACACGUGUCCUGUCACACAGACGAUAAAAAGUUUGAACUUGAUAUUGAGCGUGUUUUGCGUGGAGAAGACUCCCGGACCACAUUGAUGAUUAGAAAUAUUCCGAAUAAGUAUAGUUCUGCCAUGCUGUUGGCUGCAAUCAAUGAGCAUAAUCAGGGAACUUAUGAUUUCAUUUAUCUCCCUCUUGAUUUCAAGAAUAAGUGCAACAUGGGAUAUGCAUUUAUAAACAUGACUGAUCCACUUCAGAUAGUGCCAUUUUACAAGUCAAUCAAUGGGAAAAAAUGGGAGAAGUUUCAUAGUGGAAAAGUGGCGUGUCUUGCAUAUGCUAGAAUCCAGGGAAAGCAAGCCCUAAUUGCGAACUUUCAGGAGUCAAGCUUGAUGAAUCAAGAUAAAUGUUGUCAUCCUAUUCUCUUUACUACAGACGGCCCGAAUGCUGGCAAUCAGGAGCCUUUCCCCCUAGGUCCAAAAAUCCACUCAAGGCGCUACAAGAACCGAUGCAACACACACAAACGGAAUGAAAACCAAGAGAUCUCGUCAACUUCCUUAGAAGGGGAGUCUUACUAUCGCAUAUAAAAACCACACCUGACAAAAAGAAUUUUGAAUGUGACCAAUUGUUCUAAUGUAUUCAAAUGGUUACCUUUUGCUAUCUUUAAAUGAAAAAACUUCAAUGAAUUUAUAACACGAAUCGAUAUUCAUCUGAAGAGCCAAUGCAUUGACAUUGUUGUAAGAAUGAGUCAAAUCCACAAUACACUAAGAGCUUAAGACUUUA